AUGACCAUGGAAUCUGGUGCAGAGACUCAACAGAGUGGAGAUGCGGCUGUCACAGAGGCAGAAGCCCAACAGAUGACCAUACAGACCCAGCCACAGAUUGCAACAUUAGCACAGGUAUCGAGUGCUUAACUGCUUUCUACUUUUUGAUAAAUAGUAUGCGAACAAUUGCACUUGAAUCCAUUCAUCCCACUACGCUUCUCUAUAAAGAUUUGUGCUUGUCAAUUAAUCUAACUGUAUAUUUGUGAAUCUUAAAAUAUUUCUUGUGGUUGCCUUUUCGUAUUCACCAUGAGCUUGUCAAUGUAUUGUUUGCUUACUAUAAGUGAUUUGGUAACCAAAAAAUAUGUAAUGCAUUACUAAAAUGCUGUAAUUUAAACACUGUGUGAUUUGUUUUUUUGAGAAAAAUAAAACACAAAACUAAAAACAAAAAAACGUUCUCUCCCCCUCCCCCCUUUCCUAUUAGGUAUCCAUGGCAGCUGCACAUGCAACAUCAUCAGCCCCUACAGUGACAUUAGUCCAGCUUCCCAAUGGACAGACUGUUCAAGUACAUGGAGUUAUUCAAGCUGCACAACCAUCUGUUAUACAGUCUCCACAAGUACAGACAGUGCAAGUAAGUUAUUUUUGGGAAGAUACAUUUAUAUCUUUAAAGAAACAUGAGUAACCAAUGCUUAUUCAGUCUUGUGGGGAAAAUAUAACUUGUCCAUUUUUUGUGCACAUUUACAGGGUUAAUUACUAAUGUGUGAUUUUCGAAUUUAAGACAAAAGUAGUCAAACUAAAAGCAUAGCUGACUUAGAGAAAUUUUUCACUUUGGCCAUUUUGACCUUUAAAAUUUAUAGUCCAUUUUAAUUCUCACUUAAAGGACCACUAUAGGCACCCAGACCACUUCAGCUCAAUGAAGUGGUCUGAGUGCCAGGUCCCUCUAGUUUUAACCCUACAGCUGAAAACAUAGCAGUUUCAGAGAAACUGCUAUGUUUACACAGAGGGUUAAUCUAGCUGUCUCACUGACAUCCACUAGAGGCCGCUUCCGCGAUUGCCACUGUGAAAAUCACAGUGAGAAGAUGUUGAUGUCCAUAGGAAAGCAUUGAGUAAUGCUUUCCUAUGGGCGGCUUGAAUGCGUAUGCGGCUCUGGAGAAAUGUAAGUGGCUGAAGGGGUUUUAACCCCUUCAGCCCAGUGGGAGGGGGAGCCCAUGAGGUUGGGGGGGACCUAAUAAUCCUAUGGUGCCAGGAUAGUGGUCCUUUAAGUGAAUAACUCUUAGUGUUGUCUAUCUUUACAAUUAAACUAAGCAGUAGUGCCCAACAAAAUGUGCCCAGCUCAUUCCAGCUGAUUAUAAAUAAUCAUUGGCAACCUAGUCAGUUGACACAAUUACAGGAAAAAACCUAGGAAAGUUCUCAGGUGUUCAGUCUGACUAUGUUGGUCUGACAUGAAACUUAAAUUUUUAGUUCUCAGUAAUUUACAUUUUAAUGGAUAACCAUUGAUUGGACAUGUGCAAUGCUGCUGCAAACUGAACCCCAUUCAUUGGGGAAAAAUGUAUUUAUCAUCUACCUCAAAGAAAACAAAAUGGCCAGGUUGCACUUACCUAAAUUUAUCCUAAGGUAGAUCUCCAUGAAUUCUAUGUUUCUAGGCAAGUUGGAGUGAUUUAUGUUUAUCACUGAUCUAGCAAACUUUGACUUUUGCUUCACAGCCAACUCAGUGUUCUUUAUAUUAGAUAGCAUCUUCAGACUGGGGUCUGUUUAAUAAGUAUGUUUAAGAUUUUACUCUUCCGAGUAUAGUCUGUCCCUGCAGGCAUCUUGAUUUAAACACUGCCUUUUCAGAGAAAAGAAAGUGUCUACAUUACUAGCUAGGGACAUCUCCAGUGGCAGUCACUCUCUGCAUGCAGGCACUGAACUUUCCCCAUAGAGAUGCAUUGAUUCAGUCUUCUUGGCUGAGAUCAUCAGAAUAUACGAAUUGUCUGUAGGAAAGCAUUGGAUUGACUGAGAUCGUCCAUUCGGAUGAUCUCCACCAAGGAGGCAGAUCAUGGCAGGGGCAGGGCUGUCAGGUCCACAAUGAUGUAAGGCUUUGAACAUAAUUUCACAACUUUUAUUUUUAAUUUUUAUAUAAUUCUUUAUCUGUGCCCAGCUCACAAACGUAAGUGGACUAGCAUGAGUAAAAUAAAAGAGAAAUAGUCAUAUUACAAAACAGCAAGAGUAGACAUGUAUACAUUUGUUUAGAGUGGUCUAAUUGGAAGCUGAGGGGCUUUCCGAAUGUGUUUCCUCGAGAUCUGGCCAUGGCGGGUUUACAGAGAGCCUGGUCGGAGGGUCGAUAGGUGAGAUUGUUCCCAUCUGUGGGUAUGAUGUGUGGACCUAAAGUGUCCCAGGGCAGAGCAUUUAAUUUAGCCUUUAGUGACCAUGGACGUAUCCGGUAUGUCCGACCAAAAAAUGGUCCUUAUGGACCGCGGAUGUACCUGACACAUCCGUGGGGAAUUAGAGCGCUGGAAACGAUCAUGAUCGCUUCUAGCAGCUCUAAUGGUAUUUCCGCUAUCCCUCGAUGUUGAGUCAUCGCUGCAAUACCCACCUCACUGCUGGUGGCCAGCAGUGAGCUGAGCAUCAGAAGCCAUCAGGCAGGCUUCCAAUACUCUACCUGUACUCAGUGCCUCGAGGGGUCGAGGCACUCGGUUAAAGGUAACAAUAAAAAUGUUUUUAAAAAUUACUUACAGAAAUACACAAACACACUGCAUUCACUCUAUACACACUACAUAAACACACACACUCUGCAUUAAUUAUAUACAUACACUACACGAACACACACACACACUCUGCAUUAAUUAUAUACACACUACACACAAACACACACUCUGCAUUAAUUAUAUACACACUACACACAAAAACACACACACUGCAUUAAUUGUAUACACAAAUACACACACUCUGCAUUCAUUAUAUACACACAUUACACAAACACACACACUCUGCGUUCAUUAUAUACACACACUACACACACACACACUCUGCGUUCAUUAUAUACACACACUACACAAACACACACACUCUGCGUUCAUUAUAUACACACUACACACACACACACACACACACACACACACACACACUCUGCAUUCAUUAUAUGCACACACACACACUCUGCAUUCAUUAUACGCACACACUCUGCAUUCAUUAUAUACACACACUACACACACACACACACUCUGCAUUCAUAUUAUAUAUAUAUAUAUAUAUAUAUAUAUAUAUACACACACACACACACACACUCUGCAUUCUAUAUAUAUAUAUAUAUAUAUAUAUCAGAAAAUAGAAAAAUACCAAAAGACCCAGAGGGUACAAAGGAUCUAAAAAGUACACCUAUGGGUAUCUAGUAUUACUAUAAAGCAACCCUUAUCCAGAUAAAACAUAACUUUUAAUAAUAUAUGAUAAAAAAGGCACAAUAGCCACAAUGUAAAGAAUAUAUAAAUAGUAUCUAAAGUUAGUAUUGACUAGGAGAAGGAGAAAGGAGGUUUAGUAUAGAUGUACAAUUUGAUACAGAAGUGUCAAAAUGUCUAUUUGUGGCACAGAUACAUCAGAGUGAACUUAACUCUGUUCAUUCUCCUUUUAAUGGCAACUAAUCGCUUUAGCUCCUAUCUGGCUUUCUUUUUUAUUGGUUAUUUUCAUGACCAAUUGACUUUUUCUAAUGGUUACAUUUUCAAUUUAGAAACAUGUAGCUGUAUCUUUAAAUCAUAGUAUUUCUUGAUGACAAUGCUUUAACCAGGCAUUGCUAUUAUACCAUAUUGGUAUAUAGUCAGAAAUCCUUUUCUUCUAUAAGGUUUACUAAAAGACCUUCCAAAAGAAAGUAUUUGUGUUGGCAUUGACUUAAUUUACUAAGGUCUAAACCAUUUAGAUCUCAAUUUACAUACAGUAAUACUUUGGACAAGUUAUUGUUACUAAUUGAUGUAACAAUCAUAAGGUACACUAAAUAACCUCUUUUUUUUCGAUCCCUGGGGCAUUAGAAAUUGUUGGUUUAUUCAGUAUAAAUACAGAGCCCAUCUAACAUGCAUCCGUUCUGGUCUGCCUCCAAACCCCACCCUCUAUUUCACAACUUUUUUAAUAGCACAAAGUGGUAAAACUAAUAAUCAUAUAUUACCAAUCUUGUUUAUAUAUAUAUAUAUAUAUAUAUAUAUAUAUAUAUAUAUAUAUAUUCACAAUAGUUUCUGGCACUCAUCCCAUAGCAAAAGCAUUAAUUCAGCAAUGACCAGGUGCCUCUCCGUGCAAAAUAUGCAAAUGGAACAAAUUGAGAGCACUCAUUGGAUUUAGUAAACAAAAAAAAUAUAUUAAAUCAAACGCAUAUAAAUCAACGUUUCGACCGUCUAGCGGUCUUUAUCAAGAUGAUUAUCUUGAUAAAGACCACUAGACGGUCGAAACGUAAAUUAUGUAAUGUAAAUUACACUUAAGGGGUUACUAUAGACAUGUGGUGUUACUCCAUAGAUAAUGCAUCAACAUUCCACCUAAAGAUUCUUUCACAGUCAGAAUAGUAGUUGUCACGAAAUUACUUUUAAUGCCCACUUCAAGGCUGUCCAGGGUUACAUUCCACUUAACAGAUCUGCAACAGCUAUAAACAUUUUACUUUUAUCAAUUAACUGAAUGUUAACAGCAUUACUAUGUCUGACAAUUCUGCAUUGUAGCUAAACAAGAUAUAUUUAGUAGAGUAUCAACAAGAGAUAGUAUACAGAAAACGAUGUAAAAUGAGUAAAAUAUACGCGAACGAAAAUCUCUAGUGUACCUCACAAAAACCACCCAAAAUUACAAAGAAAAGAGAGUGGGAUAAACAAACACAUAUAAAUACAAAUGCAAUACAACCUGGAAAAAUCAGGAAAAAUUCAAUUAUGUAUUAAAGGGAAUCUAUAAAUUAAUUACAAAAAAUAUAGAAAACAUAGCAUAAUACUAUAAAAGCAAUAGAAAAAAAAAAACAGUGUAUGGUAAGUAGAACACUCACAAAGAUCUAGGUAAUUCAGGGUUAUCACCCUGCCAGGGUGUACAGCAAAACCAGGACUCCAAUGUAGAAAAUCUUCCUUAUAUGGAGAAAAGAAAAUGGCCACAAUGGUGAAGUAUAAUUUAAGAAAGAAUACAUUUAUUUUAUUGCACUUACAGACAAAAGGUAAAAGCAGGCAUAUCUUCACUGAAAGUGGUAAUUCCAAAAGUUGGCUUUAGAUGUCUUGAAAUGUGAAACAGUCCACAGGUAGCCACCAGAUGUAACCGCCAUAAAAAUCAAUAAAAGUACAAAAAUAAAUGUCAUCCAAUAAUCCAACAUGUUUCGUCCUAUGUAGUGGACUUCUUCAGGCAUAUGAAUGUACAUCUUCCGAUUAAAUACUGCUGGCAUUAGCCCAUCAUGCGAUCCAUCUGUACCCAGCGUGUGUUCCAGGUUAUUUGGGCACACAUUGCUUCACAUUCUGACACAGCAGUGGAGUUAAGAAACAGGAAAAAUAAUAAAACCAUAAAAAUGUUAAAGGACCAUUAUAGGCACCCAGACCACUUCAGCUUAAUGAAGUGGUCUGGGUGCCAGGUCAAUCUAGGUUUAACCCUGCCUGCUGUAAACGUAGCAGUUUCAGAGAAACUGCAAUGUUUACAUUAGGGUUAACCCAGCCUCUAGUGGCUGUCUCAUUGACAGCCACUAGAGGCACCUCUCACUGUGAUUUUCACAGGGAAAAGACGCCAGCGUCCAUAGGAAAGUGUUGAGAAUGCUUUCCAAUGGACUAACUGAAUGCGCGAGUGGUUCUUGCUGCGAAUGCACAUUCAGCCGAUUACGUCGGAAGGAGAGUCCUCAGCGCUGAGGGAGGAGUAAGGGAUUAACCCCUUCCUCCCACUGCAGCCCGGCGGGAGGAGGGCCAUGAGGGUAGGGGGGACCUAUUAAUACUAUAGUGCCAGGAAAACGAGUUUGUUUUCCUGGCACUAUAGUGGUCCUUUAAACAGAACCAAAAAACAGCUGCUUUGGCCACAAAGCAGUAAGCAAUAAAAUGGGUGGAGUGGUCAUUUACAUAUAAUUGAAUUAUGUGUUGUUGCAAGGGACUUGAUUAAUGCAAUGUUGAUUAGCAUAUUUAUAACGUAUAACCAAGGCUAUCCCAGGAGACCUCAAAUAUAUCGCAUAUUAGACUGGUCAUUCGAAAGGAUAUCAAUUCCCUGGUGGGAGUAGUUUGAACCGAUAAGUUUGGUAGUAAUAUUACCUUGAAAGAGGUGCAAGAACUAAAAUACAAAUGUAUUAUCUAUAGUCUAUUUAGGUAAUAUCUGACCAUUGGAAAUUGGCAAUUACUCUUGGUUCAUAACAUCAGUAUUACUAAGGGUCAACCAGACAGCCCAUAUUUUGGAAUAUUUGUCUCUGUGUACCGUAGCCGACCAAUGUAGUUCUUCUAGACCUGUAAUAUCAUUAACCUUGUUUAUCCAAUUUAUUAAUGUACGGAUACUAGUCUCCUUCCAGACAGUAGGAAUGAGAGCAUUCGCUUCUCCUGCCAGAAUCUACAAGUGUUUGAUUAUUCAUGUCUAGAAGCGAGUGUGGAUAACCCAGUAGUAUUUGCGAGAGCACAGUGUAUUGAUGGUGGAAAAGUCCGCAGGUGGUAUAUAUGGAUCCAAAUUGGACAAAAGUGGUAAAUGGACUGCUUUAAGGUUCACUCCUCUUUGGUCUGUUUAUAAAUGAUCUUGAAGUGGGCAUUGUUAUUAGUCAGUGUUUUCAGAUGACACAAAACUAGGUAAGGUAAUAUAGUGUGAAUAUGAUAUAACUUCUUUACAGAGGGAUUUGGAUAAAUUGGGAGACUGGGCAGGCAAGUGUCAAAUGAGAUGCAAUACAGAUAAAUGCAAAGUCAUGCAUUUUGGAAUAAGGAACCCACAAGCCACUUAUACAUUUAGUGGGGUUAAAUUAGGGAUAACAUUAAAUAAAAAAGACCUGGGAACAAUUAUCGAUCACAAACUAGGUGUGGCGGUAUACCCUCGAGUAGAUGGGUUACUAGUGCCUUGGAUGUCUCUCCCAGUGCGUAUAGCUACAGAGUGAUUUAUGCUCUCCUGCAAGGUGUACAGCUGUCUCACCCAAACACUAGCCAAGACUUAGUGAAGGGUGAAGAACAGUUGAACAAAGUGCACAGACUUAUACCCAGACCCCAGGAUGGGGUCUCCAUUCACUGUGACAAAAGCCUGCCAUCUGUGUCUGGGAGAUAAGUCAGCUCUUGGAAAACUCAUUAUCUCCCAGAUACAGAAAGAGCAAUACAGAAAAGAAAAUGUCUUUCUCUGGAGCAUCCAUUCUGGCUAAAAAUCACCCAGAUCGGAUGAGUCCAGCACGAAUUGGAUAGAAGUACAAAGGUUUAGCAGGACUGGAUUCGAGUCCAGCGUACUGGGUAGAGUUUCCGGUCACCUAAAAACACAGCACUUUCUGUAAGUACAUUGAGCUCCCUCAAGUUCUUAGUGUCAUUCGAUGGCUCUCCACCUCCUCUAUUAACCUUUCAAAAAACGCCCUGAUUGAUGGUCCUCGGACUGAGAGCACUCUGGUUGAUGUUUUAGUGGAUCGCGGCGACUCUGCAAUCUGCUUUAGAGUUCCAGAGCUGUUUGGGGUUGCUCCUGGUCAGGCCUAUCAUGUCUCAGCGGCCAACCUGGCAGAUGAAAAGGCGACUCUGGGUGGCAGGGAAUGAGCUGAUGGAUUAGUCCACCGUGUUUGUCUUUUGAGAAGAGGUAGUGGUUUGGGGAGAAAUGUACCCAGCUUAGCUGACCUGAGGGUCCGUCACGCUAGGCAACCGUACGCAAUGGCAAUCUGCCUUUGCAAUAACUUGUAAGAUGCUUUCAUGUAUAAAAAGAGAUAUAUGUUCACGUGAUCAAAAUACAGUUUUGCCUUUUUAUAAAUGUCAAGUCCCUGGCUUGAAUACGCAGUGCAAUUUUGGCCACAAGUUUUAUAGAAGGAUGUUGCAGAAGUGCAGAGGCAAGCUGUAGAAUUAAUAAGGGCGAUAGAUUUAGAAAAAAGAUGUUUCAGAAGGGAUAUGAUUGCACCAUACAAAUAUAUACAGGGUCUGUACAGACCACUAUGUGCUAACCUGUCAUACUUAUAUAUUGAUGUUUCUUAAAGUCUCUUGGGCUUCACUUCUCGAACAAAAAUAGAGGGAAAUCUACCUAGUGGAGAACAUCCAUAAAUUGCAAUAAAUGCACUCACUUUUAGAUAAAUGUUAUCACACUCACUCAGAGCCUGCACUGUAAGAAUGGCACUUGAUACACUCAAUAUUUAUCAGUGUGAUAACAUUUAUCUUACCUUGAGUACAUUUAUUGCAUUGUGUUCUGCACUAGAAUUUUUUUCCUGCUUUUCUUCUUUUUUUUGCGCACCAGCAUUUGGGUUGCGAUUUAAAUUUAGAUUUGCUUGUAUGCCGGGUUGGUUGCUGACAGUUGUUUUAGCAUGUUAGUAGAUAUGUCCAUUUAAACAUUGGUCUUUGCACUUUAUAAUGUAAAUUUCCACCAUAUUUUAUGUGUCACAAGAUAUUGUUUGCUUUGCACUUAUUGAUUACACUUUUUUUUCCGCUCAUCCAAUAAGGUUACAUAGUUAUAAGCACCUUUUUCCCACCUGAGGUUGUUUUCGUUUACAGCUGAGGAAAGGGUUCUUUACAGUAAGAAGAACAAAGAUGUGGAAUAAUCUUCCCCAAAAAAUUUUUUUUUUUUCUUUUUUUUUUUUUUCAGAUUCCAUUGAUUUUUCUUUUGAUCUUUUUAUUUAUUUUAUUUUAUAAAGGCCUGGAUGGUUUUUGCAAAAACAGAAUAUUCAAGCAUUUAAAUGAUAUGUACGUGAACAGGUUGUUGAUCCUAGAACAAAUCUAAUUGUCAUUAUGGUGUCAAGAAGGAUUUUUCCCCCCUUUUUAUGACUUAAUUGGAAAUGGCUACAAUUUUUUUUUUGUCUUUUUGUGAUCAGCAGCAUAAAAUAGUGGGUUUUAAGGGUGAACUUGAUGGACUUUAGUAUUUGUUUAAUCCUACAUUACUAUGUUACUAUUGGUAUUUUAUUUUGUUUAGAUUUCCACAAUUGCGGAAAGUGAAGAUUCUCAGGAAUCUGUAGACAGUGUUACAGAUUCUCAGAAACGCAGAGAAAUUCUUUCCAGGCGGCCGUCCUACAGGUAAAAGCUUUUGUGAAUACUAAAUCUUAUGUUCUGUUACUAGUUCAGCAACAUGCUUUUCUUUUCUGUUUCUUAUUUAAGUAUAUCCCUAAUUUCAUUUUAAUCCCAACAAGUUUAUAUAUUGUGUAGCCUUUUUUUUUUUUCACCAAUUUGUGAGUUUAAUUUUUUAAUUUUUUUUUUUGCAGGAAAAUUUUAAAUGACUUGUCUUCGGAUGCUCCGGGAGUACCGAGGAUUGAAGAGGAAAAAUCUGAAGAGGAGACAUCUGCUCCUGCUAUCACAACAGUGACUGUUCCAACACCAAUCUACCAAACAAGCAGCGGCCAGUACAGUAUGUAUUCUGUUGCUCUUAGUGCCUAACAUUAUAACACAGUUUGAGGUGAUUGAGCCUGUUUAAUGAUCCUUUAAAGAAUUUAGCAUGCAUACUACAUAUGUCUGAAUGAAUCCUGAAUUCUAUACAGUCCGUUACAUGUAUUCUUUGAGUUAAUUGUUGAAACAUUGCUUUUAAAGGACUCUCCAUGCAACAUCACCAGUUAUAUUUAUUGAAGUGUAGUGAUGUCCCGAACGGUCCCGAACAGGAGGUGGGAGGGUCUGGGAGGGAGGGUCUGCUGCUGAUUGGCUGGAAUGUGUCUGCUGACUGUGAGGUACAGGUCAAAGUUUACUCAAUGAUGACAUAGGGGGCGGACCCAACAGCGCAUAUGUUUGCCGUCCGCGAAUAAGUAGUACAUGUUUAUAUUAUGAUCUGAACUUAAGGGAGAGACCCUAAGAAAAUCCAUGCAAGCUAAAUAGAAUAUGAGAUUGGACAAACACUUAAGCUCUGUAGCUAAGUUAUAUAUAUAUAUAUAUAUAUAUAUAUAUAUAUAUAUAUCUCAAACUAGGCAGACCAGAUACAUCUUUAGUUCCAGCCCAAGGACAUAGUUUUCUGUGCUGUAGGGAGCAAGUAUACUAGAGAUCUUCCCCAUCUUUCCUGACCCUCAAGUCAAGCUUACAAAUACUUUCUAGUUUUUUGGUGUUAGUUUAUUGAAAUGCUUUCUUGUUCUGGUGAAGGGUUGCUAGGUUAUGCUGGGGAUCUUGCUUACUUUUCCAAGGUUCCCUUUUUCUUUGGAUCUUGAGCCUGUCAUGAGCCCAGUAGCCUGUUCCACUGUGAUUAUUUUUUAUUUUAUUUUUUUGGACAUAGUAUUUGCCAUGGUCUUUCCUGUCCAUCCGGCCACACAACUACUUGUCUAAUUCACUGAUUGGCUAGUCUGAAAGAUUCAAUGGACAAGAAGGUCAAAUCAGCAUUGAGGAGAACCUUUCUUAGCUCUGAUCUAAAAUGUAAAGCAUAAUGAGGAACGUAGUGGCUGGGAUUCAAGUUAUGGAUAUUGGCAUUAAACAGCAAAAAAAAAAAUCUUUCUGCCUCACCCUCCUGAAAGAAUUUUCAUGAAUAUCCAGUUAGUGGGGGAGCUUCCUUUCUUUUAUGACCCUGGAAGCUCUGGAACAAACACCCAAGGCUUUUUGAUUUAUCUAAAGUGGCCCAGGAAGUUAUCUGACUGAAUUUUUGGGCCAAAGAUUCAGCUUCUAAGAAUGUUUCUUGUGAGGGGAGAUUUUUGCACAGCGCUACGGAAUUUGCUGGUGCUUUAUAAAUCAGGUCUCGACAAAUCCCAGGCCCCAGGAUAUGUGAGCCGAGUGGCGGAAAGGCCAGCUAGGGAAUUAUGGAGCCAGGUGGCAAGUUGAGUGGUCGUGCAGACGGGCGGCAGUUGGGUGCUCGUGCAGCAGGCGGCUGGCUGCGCAAAUAGGCAGGCGAGGAGGAAGCUGUGAUGUCUUCUCUCCCGCGUGCCGCUUAGUGAGACCCGGAAUUUGACGUCAGCAGCGCUUGAGCAGAGACAUCACAGCUCCCUCUCCGUCGGCAUCAAAAUGCGCAGCCAGCCGCCCGCCUGCACGCACACCGAGCCUGUCGCCUACUGGACCCCACAGGCAUUGUCUGUCAUAGUGUGAGUAUAUGGGUCUCUCUCUGUCAUGGCGGGGGUGUGUGUGUGUGUCUGUCAUGGCGGGGGUGUGUGUGUGUGUGUCUGUCAUGGCAGGGUGUUUGUGUGUGUGUCUGUCAUGGUGGGGGGGUGUUUGUGUCUGUCAUGGUGGAGGCGUGUAUGUGUCUGUCAUGGCUGGGGUGUGUGUGUGUCUGUCAUGGCUGGCGUGUGUGUCUGUCAUGGCUGGGGGUGUGUGUGUGUGUCUGUCAUGGCUGGGGGAUGUGUGUGUGUCUGUCAUGGCGGGGUGGUGUGUCUGUCUGGCGGGGGGUGUGUGUGUGUCUGUCUGGCGGGGGUGUGUGUGUGUGUGUGUGUCAUGGCGGGGGUGUGUGUCAUGGCGGGGUGUCUGUCAUGGCGGGGGUGUGUCUGGGGGCUGGGGUGUGGCCAUGGGGCGGGUGUGUGUCUGUCAUGUGUGUCUCUGUCAUGGCGGGAGGGGUGUGUGUCUGUCAUGGCGGGGGGGGGUGUGUCUAUCAUGGUGUGUGUGUCUAUCAUGGUGUGUGUGAGUGUACGGGUCAAUCUGUCAUGAUGUAUGGGUGUGUGUCUGUCUGUAUGUCAUGGUAUAUGGGUGUGUGUUUAGGUUACCAGACCCCUUCUGUUCGCAAGGGAAUGGAGUUUUUACUCUUUUUCCCCACACAAUGCUGGUCUCCCCUCGACUGGCCCUGUCUCUAUGGCUGCGAUCAUCAAGCUUGAUGAUCUCAAUGUUUUCCUAUAGAAUUGGCUGCAAAACGCUGUACAAAUUAGCCUAUCCUCAUAGAGAUGCAUUGAAUCAAUGCAUCUCUAUGGGGAACAUUCAGUGCCUCCAUGCAGAGCGUGGAGACGCUGAAUGUAGGUGUCGCACACUGUGCAGCACUGACACAGGAAACCCCUCUAGUGACGGUCACUAGAGGUGUCACUAGGAAGCAAUAUAAACACUGCUUUUUCUAAUAAAAAAUGUGUUUCCAUUGAAAAGCCUGCAGGGACAGGCUUUAGACACCAUAACCACUAUAUUAAGCUGUAGUGGUCCUGGUGACUAUCGUGUCACUUUAAGAAUUGUAUUUUUGUCAUUGAAUAUAAAGCUAUGCAAGUUUUAAAAAAAUGUGGCUCCUAACUUUUUUAGCUGGCCCCUAGAAUCAAAGCAAAUUUGUCAUGCCCUGAUAUAAAAAAUAAAAUAAUAAUAUAGCAGCUCCCUGAAUAAUAAUCCCAGUAGAAUCAAAGAUUUGUUGUCAGGUCGAUCAUGCUUACCCUUCCUUUAAGUCCAGCAGAAUGGACCCUGUUGCCAAAAGCAAAAAAAAUAUGACCCAGAUGACUUAUAUCUCUAGUCUGAUUGUCCUGAUCCUCAAAGUUCUCAGAUAAAUCAUAAUUUAUGGAAACUCUGUGAUAGCAAUCCUGCCUUUCUGGCCCAGGAAGGUCUGGUUUACCAGUCUUCUCAGCCUGUCUGUUGCAAUUUACUGGAAACAUCCAGUCUUCGUAUUCACCCUCCAUCCAAAAAUCUCAGCCUGGCUUUUGAAAGGGCAGUUUGUCCUCUCCAACCUGCUAUGAGCCAGAUGACUAUCCAGAAUUUUUUUUUAAUUCCAUAAUUUGAAGAUGCUCCUAUGACAAGUGCAAUAAAUCAGAGAUUUCACACUUGGAAACAGCAGUUACUGAAUUUAUCCUCAAUCUGAGAUUUUUCAAAAAGUCUAUUGUUGUCCCUCAGAGUACAUAUCUCAUCCAUAGGAGUAAUUUCCUUGGGCUGUUGAAUUCUUAAAUCUUUUUCCAGGAUUUAACCUUGAAUAACUUAGCUUGAUGUUAUUCUCUUUCUGUGAAACUCUGUUCAUACCUCUUUCUCUGUUAAGACUGAAGCCAAAUGGCUAGGAGAGCUUAAAUUCUUGUCGUGUAAACCUCAAGUGGUAUUUUCACUUGUUCUAUUGCCCUGUUUUGCUGGUGUUUUACUCAACCAAGAAUUAGUCAUACUUUAUUUAUGUGAGAUUUCCCCUGUGUAUAUAUAAUUUUUAUAAAAUACAUGCAAUAUAUUUUGGGUCUCUAGAGUGGUCAAAGUAAGACAGUUGUUUUAUAUGUUCUUAAUUUGAUUUUGGAGUGGAGGCAACCCGCUAGUAAGUACUGCCACUUCUAUAAAUAAAAGCAUUUUACGGCUAGUAAAAAAUUGUUUUAAUGUGUUAUAUCUGGCAUCUAAAUGUGUAUAAAUCACUAUUAUGUAAUGAAAUGGCAAAACAGACAGUUUGUGUAUAAUAAUGAUUUACCGCCUGCUGAUCAGUUAAAUGUUUUCUAUUAUCAUGCAGUUGCCAUUACACAGGGUGGAGCAAUACAGCUGGCUAAUAAUGGCACAGAUGGAGUCCAAGGACUUCAAACAUUAACUAUGGCCAAUACAACAGCAACACAACCUGGAACCACAAUUCUACAGUAUGCGCAAACCACAGAUGGGCAACAAAUAUUGGUUCCUAGCAACCAAGUUGUGGUACAGGGUAAGCGUUUUAUUUUCCAAUCCAUGACAGUCCACCGAUUUUCUGGCUUAAGAGCAUGUUUCAGCUUAUCAUUUUAAUUGUUAUUGUGAAGUAGGAACUGUAUGCACAGCCCCUCUACAGCCCACAUUUUUCCAUACAAUAUUCAACAAAUCCUAUCAUGAUAGUGCAAGCUAAAUUACAGAGCUGCCCAAUACCUUAUGCAAAUGCUUGUGUGCUCAAUUUUGUGUGCUCAAAUAACAUAGCAGCAGAGUUUUCUAGUAGAGGGCUAGUAAGCAACACAGGGUUAAUGAGAUCAAAGAAGAUCGAGAACUCACAGGAUGACCGUAAGUGAUCAGCCAAGAGUACAGGAGAGGGCAGAUGAGAACCUUGUAGCACAUGAUUUAAAGUUAAUACAUUAAUAACUUAAUUUUGAGUAACACUUAUCGUUUUUCUUUUGUUUGUUUUGUUUUUAACGUUUCUGUGGUGGCCCUAAGACUGCAUGGGCAUGAUCUAUGAAUCAGAAUCCUUUCCUUAAAGGCACACUAUAGUCACCAGAACCACUAUAGCUUUAUGACUCCACAACAUGUCUAUGCAGGCUUUUCAAUGUGAACACUGCCUCUUCAGAGAAAAAGCAGUUUUAACAUUGCUUCUUAGUAACACCUCUAGUGGAAGUCACUCAGAUGGCCACUAGAGGUGCUUCCGUCCAGUGCUGCACGUGCUGUGCAUGGAGACACUGGACAUUCUAUGAGGAGAUGCUGCACAGCGUUUUGCUGCACAUUCGCAAUAGCCUUUCAACGCUUUCAGUGUGAUUGGCGCAGGGUUGAUCACGUAAAAUGCCACAUCAGGACCAUAGUAUCAGGAAUACAUGUUUGUAUUCCUGACACUAUAGUGUUCCUUUAACCUAAAGUUGGAUUUAGUGCUUAGUCUUUUUAAACCUUGAUUCACCAAGAAUGCUAGAUGAUGGAUAUUCCAUAGAGUGGAUUACUUUCAGAAGAGUAUUCAGUAGCUUGGGACCUCUAAGCAGUGGAAGGCUUACUUGAGGAAUUAAUUAUUGAUUCAUGACACCUUACCUAAGUUUAUAAAAGGCAUACUGAAAAUGUUUUAAUGAAACAUACUUUUUAUUACGGUUUGUUAGCUGCCUCAGGAGAUGUACAGACUUAUCAGAUCCGCACGGCACCAACAAGCACAAUCGCACCGGGCGUUGUUAUGGCAUCCUCUCCAGCCCUCCCUGCUCAACCUGCUGAAGAAGCUGCACGAAAGAGAGAAGUCAGGCUCAUGAAAAACAGGUAUGUGGAAUCUAACCCCAGUUUUAUCCUGCUAUUAAAAGUUUUGUUUUGCGUGUGUUCUAUUGCACUGACAACCAGCUUAGACAACUGCACCAGUAAGUAAAUGUUGCAUAUUCUCAGACUGGAAUCAUGAUGGUGAUUUAGUGGGGAGUGUGCAUUGGUAUGCUGACCAAACUCUUUAAAUUAUGAGCUUGUAGUUUGAUCUCUUCAGCCUGUAAUAAAGAUUCAAGGUGGUUGAGAAUUGUGGUUCUUUGUUUACAUUGUGGAUGUUUUGUAUUUUAAAAAGUUGUCUUAUGUUAUGAGUGGAAUCCACUUACUCUAUAAAUGUUUGGUAGACAGAUGUUUUUUUUGAGUGAAGAAUCUACAGUCCUGCAGACCUAGUUAACAGUGCAUCUAAGUACAAAUGUCAAAAUGAGUAACUUUUCUUAAAUAUUUCUGUCUAAAUGUAACUAUAUUUGUUUUAUCCUUUUCUUUAUUGACAUCUCUUACUGGCUGUAAUAUCAGAAUAGUGUUAACUGUUACUGUUGUGUUGAACUGUGAGACUAAGGAAGUGGCUAGAACGAGACCCUAUGCUACAGGCUAUACCAUUUCGUAAGAUUCAUUACAUAAAUUAAAUUAACAUGGCAAUAAAAUAUUUGAUUAAAUAUUCUCCUUUAAAGUUCCUUAAUUUGUACAGGUAAGUGAUGUCCCCAGCUAUUCCCACCAGACCAGGAAGAGGCUAUACUAAUCAGAAACUUCUCAUUCUGGUCUUUGUUUUUUGGUUUCUUUUUAGCCGUCUAAGUGACUCACUAGAAGUUUUCUUAGGCAGCAAUGUAAACACUGCCUUUUCUAUGAAACGGUACUGUUUACAUUAAAAAGCAUGCAUGAACAGGCUAUAGACACCAGAACCACUACAUUAACCUGUGGUGGCAAUGGUGACUAUAGUGCCCCUUUAACCAAAGUUCCACUCCUCACAUACAAUGUGUGGUGCUGAUGGCAGCCAUACUGCACCUGCAAUCAGGAAUUUUACUUUGCCAAAAAAAGUUAAUUAAGAAUUCUACCCAUUUUUUUUAAAAUUAAUUUAAAACUAAAAAUCUUGUUGAGGAAUGCACUGUAAGAUAUUUCAUUGUAAGUUUUUGCAACAGGCAAGCAGAUACAACUCUGCCUAAGAAUAUCUUAAGGCAAUAUUUUUGCUGAUGAUUUUUGCCAACACGAUUAUUGUUGUUCACUAAAGUGAGAAUUUAAAAAUUAUUUUAAAUUUAAGGUCAAAAUAGCUGAAUUGGAAAAAGUCCAGUAUUCUUUUUGUUUUGCUACUCUGGCCCUAUUUGAAAAAUUUUCUUUGAGUUCUCACUUUAGGAAAUAACCCUGAUUUUGUGAAUCAAGUUGCAUUCCCACUGGAAAAAUAUUUUGUCUGACAGUAGAAAAAGUGUUAUCUAUACGGCACAUUAAAAAAACAAAAAACUACUUGUAUUCUAAGUCUAGUAGACCUUAUGUGAUUUGAGACAAUCUCACGGUUUUUAUUACUUCAUUAUGUUCAAAUUCAGGGUUGGCACAGAGGGAACUGGGUAAUAUUUUCGUUAUCCCUUUCAAUGCCAGAGGUGUACCAUAUUCACUGCACUGCUGGCACGCAAGGGGUUGUGAGCCAUAGGCGCAAACCUGCUUAUUUAAAGCGGCACUGUCAUGGCCGAAUCCAGGUGUGUUUUUGUUUUGUUUGUUUUUUAACCCCCUCCCAACUCCACUACAUCUAAUUUACCCCGUAGCCACCCCCAAAUACACCUAAGCCCCCGUAUUACCUAGUUUCUAAACUUUAUUUUCUGCCCUGACCUAGGUUCUGGGCGCCACCAUCUUUGUGUGGGUAGAUGACGUCCCUGUGGGAAACGUCAUCUGCCCACACUAGAUAACGCUUUGAAAUUCCUGCGCAUGCCCUUGGGCAUGCGAAUGGAAAUGUAAUCUAUUCCUUCAUUCGUCAGUGACGUGUGUGGGCGCCAUAAAAACAAUGAGGGGGGACUUAUUGUCCUCCUCCCCCGGCCCCCACCCCUGAGUAAAACAAUAAAAACAAGCCCCUAGUCCCCUCUUCCCCCAAAAAACAGAAAUGAAUAAACCCCUACGUACCCCCCUCACCCUGAAAAUAGUGAGGAGGGAAUAAAAGAACUAAGUACCUGUAAAAAAAAAAAAUAAAUAAAUAAAACUUACCAUUUGAUGUUGUCUUUUUUUUUUUCUAAAAUCUUCAUUUUUCAGGUCCUAAAAAGGCUAAAAAUGGGGGCCGGGGGUAGGAAAAUAGGUCCCCCCUCAUUGUUUUUAGGGCCCUCACCCACCGCUCAGGGGUAGGGGGAUGGCUCUAGGUCCCCCCUUCAGUUUAAUAACCCCCACUCGCGCAGUAGGGAUGGGGGCUCGAGAGGAGGGUAUUGGGGUUUUGGGGGAGGGGGGGUGUAACGGAUCACCUGGCACCCCGACUGGGUACCUCCGUUAAAGGAUGCUCCUAGCGCUUCCUGAGGACUCCAAGCACUGCAGCAGACACCACAACCACCGAACCGGAGAAGCAUAUGAAUCCUCUCAAGCAUAUGAAUGUUGUAGACAGUUGAAUAGGAACCAUACGAAUAGGUUUACUCUCCUAGCAGUCAAACUGGAACAGCAUACAAUGAAUCCUUCCCCCAAUAAUGAGACGACACUUCACUUUGAGGGUUAGAACAGGAACUCUCUGUACUGUCACAUACAGUCUCUUUUAUUCCCAAUCCACAAACAUAGUACAGCCCACAGGGCGUUACAAAACAGCCAAUCAAUCCAUACAAUACACCCAGACACUCCCACACAAAAUCCUCCCCUCUGGCUGUGAUAUGAUUACUGAACACAAUGGGUAAUCUAAUUACCACAGCCAGAGAAAUACAGAUUCAUAAAACACAUCACAGGGACCCCAAAACAUGCAAUAACCCCAUAUCCUUGGAACUAGGAACUGGGUGAACCACAUAUCCAAAAUUCAUCCAGAUCCGUUCAGUACUUUGGAAAAUACAGUUUAAUGCAGAUUCUGCAGAACAUAUACAGGCUAAAUAAAAAACAAUCACUGUAUAAUGUGUCCCCUGCUGUAUAGUCCAAAACCACCGCAUGAUGUCUCUGUGCAACAAAUACUGGCGAGAUGGCACCGUGUUGAAAAGUCCAAACAGUGUCUGGGAGUUAAAAUGGCCGCCAUCCAUUGUUCUCACCAUGUGCUUCUGAUACAGAAAAUGGUGGCCACCCAGUAACUCCACAGUAUGUCCCCAGAUGGUUCUUAAAAGGGCCAGCAGCAGCACAACACAAAUCCAUUAUGCCCAAAUCAUGUCUUUAAAGGGCAAUACAUCCCAGGGGCCAUAAUCACAUGGCAGGAGGCUGGCAACCAGGCUUCUCCAGUGCAUAGUGGCGAGGUUGGUUCCGCCACAUGGGGUUUACUAGACAUGCCCCUACUCGCGAUAUAACGAGUAGGGGCAGAAUUUACUAAUACGAAGUAAGCUUUACUUAGUAUUAGUAAAUUUGUCUAAAGGACCAAUUUAGAUCUUUGAGCCUUUUGGUAGAUAGCUCCCUAAUUCCCACGGUAUCAGGGAGCUAUCUACUAAGCGGCUGCAAGAUGCAGCCGCAGCACAAAUAGGAUCGGAAUUUAAUUAAUUCAAAUGAAAUUCCGAUACGAACAAAGUCCUAAAAUGCGUUCUAACUUGAAUUAACAAACUGUUAUUCUGUUAGGACGCAAUUUGGCAGUUUUGCCAUCGUUCUAUCUAAAUGACAGGACGUUCGGGAAAAGUGAAAGGAAGCAUUGCGGGAACACGGAGGAAAGGUAAGAAUUAUGGGGAAAUUUCUCUGACCACCGGAAAUGAAGCACACUUUGCUCCUCCGCUGGUCAGAGAUGGUCAGACGUAGGAAACCUCCAUAAGACAAAUAGUCCCUACUUUGUCUUAUAUUUUAAAGAAAACUAGAGCAGACAAGAAGAAAUGAAGAACAGAUCCUCAGAGAGGGAGAGAAGAGGAAUCGAUUGGAGAAAUGUAAGUUCGGCAUGACCGUGCCACUUUAACCUCUUUUAGUAAGGGAAGAGAGGAUAUUGAGAGAUAAGUAGUGUCUGUAGUAUAUGUAGUUCGGCCUCUAUUUCUCACAAUACUUGAAAAAGAAAGAGAUAUCUGUGUAUCCUUCCUGAUAAAAUAUAUUAAAAUUUCCCACAGUACAAAUGACAACUUCUAGCAUGCCCUUUCACCCUUGGGCUACUUUUUAUCUGAGUUCCAGAAGGAAUUGAAGAUGCGACUUUGGAGAUCAAUGAAAUCUUAAUUUCUUGCAAACAACUGGCAGAUUUUUAUUUAUUUUUUGCAUCUUUUAAGCACUUUUGAUUUGUCAGGGAGACAAAUUAUUGGUGCCAGGCCCAAUAUUUUUGUCAAUCCGUGCCCUGGAUUUGUUUAGCCCUCAUCAGAUUCAUCAGAGAAAGUGUCAUGUUCUGUAAAAAAGAAAAUCUGGCUUUUCUCCCUUACUUUGUUUCAUCUGUUUGUCCAUUAAUUGAAUUUUUCUUUGCCUACAGGGAAGCAGCACGGGAAUGUCGUCGAAAGAAGAAAGAAUAUGUGAAGUGUCUAGAAAACAGAGUGGCAGUUCUUGAAAAUCAAAAUAAGACACUGAUUGAAGAACUAAAAGCACUAAAAGACCUUUACUGCCACAAAUCAGAUUGA